AUGAAUAACCCUGUAGAAGGUGUUUUCUCUCAUUUGAGGCGCACAGGAAAUACGAAUGGAAUAAAACAUGAUGCACAAAUAGAGUCUAUGGACGGAAGCACCAACAUCAGUCUCGACGAUGAUGAUGAUGGGUAUGCUAGUGAUGACCUCCGUGGGAGACUUCGCAUGAUGGGGGAUAUCCCCCCGGGAAGACAUAAAGGAAGGAAAAAAAGAAUGUUCAGAAUAAAGAAAAAGAAAGCACUGACACCAUUGCAUAAUGAUGAUUUUGCCCAAGGGGGGGAAGCGAAAGUUUCGGACGUGGUGCUGGACUCAUUUGCAAUAACAAGAAAGCAAAGGCGCUCGCCACUUCUGGGAAAGGGGGUCGUGGAGAGCUCCAACAUCCAACUGACUAGCACAAUGAGCAACAAACUGCCUCCCGCCCUUUCCAUGUUUGCCACGAAAGCUGUUGACGGACUGCUCGGUGGCGUCCACAAACACAUGCAAGGGCCGUUUGCUCUAGACAUCGAUGGUACCAAUAACUCUCCGCUCGCCAGUCCGAUUCUUACUCCAAAUCUGUACUCAAACAUCAGCACCCCAUUCAAUAUGAGCAAUGGCAUGCCUACGGCCCCUGCCCCGAUGCCUCCUCCUAAUCAGGGGGCACAAGUGCCCCUUCCCACUGCGCCACCCCAACCCCCCACUGUCGCGCCAGCGGGUUCCGCAGCGGCCUCUCCAGCGGCCGCUCCAGUGGCUUCCGCAACGGCUUCUCCAACUAUACCCGCACCUGUCGCCACCGCAGGAGUGCCCCCCCCACCGAGGAUGCAACUCCCCCCGAACGCAAUGGCGUACCCACAAAUGAGUAUGCAAAAUGUUAUGUCUGCAAAUCAGAUGGCCCAAAACCCAGCCUUCAACAUACACCCCACUGCUACGAAUUUAAGGGAUGACCCAGGGAAUGUGAACUAUAAUGAGGUCGUCACGAUAACGAUCGGCAUCGUCAUUUGUCUCUUUCUCUUCUGUUUCGUCUUUGGCUGCGCGGUGAAGAUGUGCAAGCCGGGAAAGAGACGGCGCUGA